UGAAGGGGCGAGGCGCAAAAGCGUAGCUUUACGGCGAUUCGAGCAGUCGCGUCAAGCAGGCUAUUCCGGGUUUGUGGCUGCUUGGCUCCACACGUGGGCCGCCGUAGGUAUUCCGACCGGUAAUUCCUCCUAUUGGUGUGGAGCAGCCACAUUGAAGGAUAGAGUGGCAGCAGAGGCCAAGGAUCGUGAGUUGAUGGAGUUUGCUGCUGAAAAUGAAGGGAAGUCUGGGGGAGGUCUCCGCAGCGUAGCUGAGGGGGUGCGGCUAAGUCCAGAGCCUGGCAGGGAGGGAGUAAGGGACUUAGCAGGGGCGGAGGAGUUCGGCGGCGGAGAGGAGGGGACAGGGCUGACAGGGAUAAAGGAGAUAGGGGGUGGAGAGGAAGGAAGUGGACAAAGGCCAGAGGAAAUACCGAUGGACCUAACGGUAGUGAAGCAGGAAAUUAUAGACUGGCCAGGUACAGAAGGCAGGUUGGCUGGCCAGUGGGUAGAACAGGAGGUGGAGGAUAGGCCUGAGGUGAAGGAUGAGAACGCAGGCGUAUUGGGGGUGAAGCAGGAGACGGAUAGUAGUUUAGUGGUAAAAGAAGCGAAGGUGGGUGAACCAGAGGUAAAGGAAGAGAAGGUAAAGGAAGAGGUAAUGGACUGGUCAGAAGUGAAGGAAGAGAAGGAUAACUUGGAGAUAAAACAGGAGGAGAAGUUUGUUGGUCAAUGCAUAAAAGAGGAAUUGAUGCAUGGAGAGUGUCUAAAAGAAGAGAAGGAUUUCCUGAAGAAAGAAAUCGUGGAUGAUACAAAGGUGAAAGAAGAGCCUCCGAUAAAUCACCCGGUGGGCUGCAAGCGGAAACUGGCCAUGUCAAGGUGUGAGACUUGUGGUACAGAAGAAGCAAAGUACAGAUGUCCACGUUGUAUGCGAUAUUCCUGCAGUUUGCCCUGUGUAAAGAAACACAAAGCAGAACUGACAUGUAAUGGAGUUCGAGAUAAAACUGCAUACAUUUCAAUACAACAGUUUACUGAAAUGAAUCUCCUAAGUGAUUAUCGAUUUUUGGAAGAUGUGGCAAGAACAGCGGACCAUAUUUCUAGAGAUGCUUUUUUGAAAAGACCAAUAAGCAAUAAACAUAUGUACUUUAUGAAAAAUCGUGCCCGGAGGCAAGGUAUUAACUUAAAACUUCUACCCAAUGGAUUCACCAAGAGGAAGGAGAAUUCAACCUUUUUUGAUAAGAAAAAACAACGGUUUUGUUGGCAUGUGAAGCUCCAGUUUCCUCAAAGUCAAGCUGAGUACAUAGAAAAAAGAGUACCAGAUGAUAAAACUAUUAAUGAAAUCCUAAAACCUUACAUUGAUCCUGAAAAGUCUGAUCCUGUAAUUCGUCAAAGGUUGAAAGCCUACAUUCGCUCUCAGACUGGGGUUCAGAUUUUAAUGAAGAUUGAAUAUAUGCAGCAAAAUUCAGUAAGCAGGUGGAAGGGGCGAUGAUCCAUGGAGUGUCAGUGAUCAGAUGGGACAUAAAGUGGUUUGUGAUUUCUUUUCUUUAAAAACUUGUCUUUUGGGGUUAUGAGGAGUUUUUUUUUUAAAAAAGCACGCUAAUUUGCUAAUAAAGUACAGAGAAAGAAGUUCAAGAGCUUGGCCUGUUUCUUUGAAAGUUAGUGACAGAGUCAAGAUUAAAAGCACACCCUUGACUAUCAUGACAACUUUUAUUUAUAUAAUGUCACUGUAACACCUGUUUGGCCCACUGAGCCAUUCUGCCCUCAUAAUGCCCCCAUGAGGCUGCCCAGAGCAGGGUCAGCCAGUGAACCUGUGAGGGUGAGCAAGUGAAAUAACAAGAGGAAAUGUCUAAGAAGGGUCCCAGAGGGCAAGAGAAAAGACAAAUGUUAGUAUCUUAAUUCCUCCAAACCUAAGUAGUUUGUCUUAUGGUAGCAGAGACAUUAUACUAAUGGAAAUACCAGAGUUUGUGAAAAUUUCAAAAAGAUAAAGCUGUCCCUUAGGAUUCAGUAGCUUAAUGGCUUGCAAAGGAGCUAAACCUAAAUGUUUUAGGCAGUGCAAAGCUGGGCUCUUAAAACUUGCUUCAAGAUAAUGGAAACACAAACAUUCAAAGUACCUUUAUCUUCUUGGAAGUAAAUGUGACAAUAAAAUAAUGAUUUGAAGGUCAUACAGAAAGUUGUAAGGCUACAUUUAAAAUGCAAAAUGCACGUAAAGGCAGUAUGUUCACUGCUAAUGAAAUCCAGUGACUUUGUCCUGAACUAAAGUUUCUAUAGGAAAGUGUUGUUAUUUUUGGUAAAUAAAAAUAUAAAACAAACACAUGUGCUUAGGGCUUAAAUAAAUGAGUGAGCAGUUUCUGUGUUUUAUCAUUUAGCCCUCACAGUAACUCUCUGAAGUGAUACUGUCAUUAUCCCCAUUUUCAAGCAUGGAAACUGAGGAUUAAAUAACUUAAGUAACUUGUCCAGGAUCACAGACCAGUGAAUGAUGGAGCCAGAACUUUAACUCAGCGUUAAACUCCAAACCCAAACAACAAAUAAAAGUUAUUGCUUCAUUUAACUAAAUUCCAAGUCCAUAAAAUAUUAACCCCAUUUGUGUCUGAUAGGCUUUCUUUAUGAACAGUUUACAAAAUUUACUUUUAAAUUACUGAUAAAUAUUAAUGGUAGAUUAAGAGUAACCACUUGUAGUAGAAAAAUCUAAGAAAUUCAGAAUUUCAGCUAAAAGAUUAUUUAGUGAAAUCUGAACGCUUCAUUUAACAGAUUGGAAAGCCGUGGCCCAGAAGCUUACUGACACUCAAUAGCGUAUUGCUGAUUAGAAGUUUGCAACAUUUUAGGCUAAACACUAAAUAAAAUCCACUGAUUCUAAUCAAAACCACACAACAUACCAGAUUUUCAUUGCAUAAAAUAUUUUUAAAAUAAUUUAUCAGUUGACAAGCCUCUUAUAAAUCUUUGCAUCCUUAGUGCUUUGUAAGUGCCUGCUUAGCAUGUAAAACAGGAACCAAGUUUUUUUAAGUAUAAUCAUUACAGUUUCAGGAUCCAAAUAAGUGUAAUCAUUACAGUUUUAGGAUCCAAAGCAUGUUUAACUUGUUGCAUAGUAAUUUUUAUGUACCUCUGAACAUUCCUCUGCUAGGAACAUAUUUUAUAUCAGCAAUAAUUUUAGGCUCUGAUUCCUAUGUGGCCUUCAAAGAACUCUUUUUGUUGCUUCUUGGUUUCAGCUUUGGAAAUCUAGAGAAACCCAAUUAAGAUUUAAUAUUACUAAAAGAAAUAAGAUACCUAAAACAUUAAAUAUGCACUGAAAAUUAUUUACCAAAAACUGAAACAAGUAAAAAACAUUCCCUUAUUUGAAAAAUGCCUUUCAUUAGAAGCCUUAUGAUUUAGCUAAAAUGCACAGAAGAUAAGUUAUUGCAAGUGCUUGUAGGACGCCACUUGAAAAGUUCCUGUUUGAGAGUCCAGGUCUUAUUUCCUCCCAAGAAAAAUUAAGUUAUCACCAUUUUAUAUUUUACUUUGUAAGUUAAUCUUUUACUUGGGUAUCUGAUAUAAUCUCAUUUUUCUUUUUUAUAUAAUUGCUACUAACUUUGAAAAAAACACUGCUUAUUUCAAAGAGAAAUAAUGUUUAAAAGAUGUGAAGCAUUUAAUCCUUGAAUGCUGGAAACACUUUUAAAGUAUUGUAAGUACAUCUGUAUUACAUUACACGCAGGGAAAAGAAUGUAUGAAUUCUAUGAUCUGUGGGCACUAAGGUGGCUGGUUUAGAAAAACAGUAUUUUGCAUUUCAAGUUUCUUUUCAACAUAAAGAAUAUUCUGCAAUUUUAAAAUGAAUAAUUCCAGGCUGGGGUGUGUGGUCAGGGAAGCAUAAGUAAAGUUUUGGUUUUACAGUUGUUCUCUAACUUUAGUAAGCUUGGCUCUGCAUUUUGUUAAGCACUUUUGUAUUUUUCCUGAUUUGAAAACGAUUGCGUGAGACAAACUCAGAACAUGGAGAAAUCACUACAUCACAUUUCUUAAUGAGUGUCCUGCAUGUCUUACUCAGCUAUGAUUAUGGUGCAGAUAAUUUUUUACUAAUUAAGAAAUACCAAAGUUUGUGAAUGAUUUACUCUUAAAAUUACAGCAAAUUUAAAUGUAUCCCAAUGAUAACCUCACUCUUGAUCACUUGUGUUCCAGUGUGCUUUUUUGAGCAGGAGAUAAAAGGAUGGAGUUACAGCCAUUAGGCUGGAUCUCAUGAGAUAUGUGUUUUGCAUGUGAAUAUCACCUGUCAUUGGUAGAGAUGAAUAAAAAUGCUGGAGAACUUCUGCACUAGACUGGUUGACAUGUUCUCAGCUUUUUCUUCUUUGACAUGAAAUGACAUUAACAUGCCAACAUAUUCUCAUAUGUACCUGCUAGUGAGCUAGCUAGAAUUCCACCCCUUUCACUCCCACCCCAGAAAGCAAGCAAGAAUGAAUGUUCUGGGGAUGCAUUUUCAGUCACCUCAAACUUAUUUUUUUAAAGUAAUGAUUUGAGAAUUUCAUACUUUAAUGACCAUUAGCAUCUAAUUACCUGUGACACAUUUGGCAGCUAUGUCAUGAUAAACUCUCUAUUUCUUAAAUUUUACAUGGCAAUAUAAAUUUCUGGAAACCAGUUAGAAUAAUUGACUUUUUUCCAAAAGCCAAUUUUGUAACCAGUUAUUUUAUUGCCAUGUUACUAGAAAUUGUCAUAAGGUGAUUGGUUGUCUUUAAGGCUCAAAAUAAAUGUAUUUGAGGAAUUCGAAUAGUUAGCUCAUCAUUCUUUUAUUCAAGAAAAAUAACAACAUAAAUAUUAUUAUUAUUUUAUUUUUUUAUUUUUUUGAGGCAGAGUUUCACUCUUCUUGCCCAGGCUGGAGUGCAGUGGCGCGAUCUUGGCUUACUGCAACCUCCGCCUCCUGGAUUCAAGCGAUUCUUCCACCUCAGCCUCCUGAGUAGCUGUGAUUACAGGCAUGCGCCACCACACCAAGCUAAUUUUGUAUUUUUAGUAGAGAUGGGGAUUCUCCAUGUUGGUCACGCUGGUCUCAAACUCCCAACCUCAGGUGAUCCACCCACCUUGACCUCCGAAAGUGCUGGGAUUACAGGUGUGAGCCACCGUGCCCGGCCAACAUAAAUAUUAUAUAAAAGUCUUUAACUGUUUCUUGGUAUGAAAAUUGAUAACUUCUAGGCUGGUCAUGGUGGCUCACACCUGUAAUCCCAGCACUUUGGGAGGCCAAGGCAGGCAGAUUACGAGGUCAGGAGAUCGAGACCAUCCUAGCUAACACUGUGAAACCCCGUCUCUACUAAAAAUACAAAAAAAAUUAGCCAGGCAUGGCGGCACGCACCUAUAGUCCCAGCUACUUGGGAGGCUGAGGCAGGAGAAUCGCUUGAGCCUGGGAGAUGGAGGUUGCAGUGAGCCGAGAUUGUGCCACUGCACUCCAGCCUGGGCAACAAAGCGAGACUCCAUAUCAAAAAAAGAAAAAGAAAAUUGGUAACUUGUUCUAGAGCUUUCCUAAUGUCAGAAUAUUUGAUUUUUUUUAUUUAGUUUUAGAACCUCUAUAAUAAUAGCUCUUGUACCUGCCUUUCUUAGAAGGUAUUAAACUUACUAUGCUAUAAGGAAGUAACUACUGAAUUGUCAUCACCUUUAAAAAAUUCUUAAUGUAAAAUACUCUCACAUAUUUAUAUAUUAGUAAUUUUGAAUAUUAAGAGUGUUUCCUGGUUUUUUGUUUUUUUU